UAAAUCUAGACUUGGUCUCGAAUCUGGAUCUAGAUCUAUAUUAGAUCUAGUUGUAAGUCUUUUGGUCAUGCCAGUGUCAGGUACCAUGUCAGAAUUUUAACUUGUAAAAAGUUGUAAGCCAAGAGGAAGAUAAUCCCAUCACUCAUGUUGCGGAGAAGAAAAGCACCUUCAAGAAAGAUCAGUGCUGCCUUGUUGGUGAGAAGAGACAGUGCAGCUGUAGUGUUGGUCCUGGUGGGCCUGCUGGCACCCUGGCAGUCACACGCUCAGGGAUGUCCCCCUUCUUGCGCCUGCUCCUUACCCCCGGUGGACGUCAAAUGCAAAGAUGGACAAGUGCUGGACAUUUUCACACGGAUGAAGCCAGACCUGGUGACCUUGACCCUGGAUAGCAUAACCAGCCUGCAGAGAUUGGAUGCAGCCCGCAUGUCUGACAUGCACACAAAUGGAACCACUCUGAUAGAAAUGACCAUAGUUUCCUGUUCUGUAAAGGACAUUGGGGCGGAAGCUUUCCACAAAUUCCCUAACCUGGAGUACCUCGACCUGAGCCAGAACGAGGUGACCACCAUCAACCCCAGCGCCUUCUCCAGCCUGGGGCACCUGCUGUACCUCAACCUGUCCCACAACCAGCUCUCCAGGCUGGACGGCAUCUUCACCCCCCUGGGGCAGCUUCGUAGUCUGGACCUCAACACUAACUUCUUGAAGGAGCUAUCAGCCAAUGUGUUCAGUACCCAGAACUCCCUGACAUCACUCAGGCUUGACCGCAACCCCCUGAGAAGUUUAUCUGGCGACUCCUUCAAGGGCCUGAACAAGCUGAAGGAGCUGCGUGCCAGGGACUGUAGCCUGGUGCAGGUUGACCCAGAUGUCUUCCACUCCAUGGUGCUGCUCUCUCUCAUAGAUCUAGGUCACAACCGCUUGAGCUCCCUCCCCUCCCCUGACGCCCUGUCUAAGCUCAUGUACCUGAAGGUCAUUUACCUGGACAACAACGAGAUCCAGGUCAUCCCGGAGAAAAGUUUUCCAGAAACCCACCUCCAGACCCUGGACCUUUCAUACAACCGCAUCAGCAAAAUUGAUGCCUCGGCCUUGGUCGCAGCUUCUAUCAGGACCGUUGACCUCUCGUUUAAUUUGAUUUUAAAGAUAGAAGAAGGCACGCUGAAACCUUUGGCUGGAGAGUUGGAGAACCUGAACUUGGCUGGCAACCCACUCAGACAUCUACUCCCCGGCACAUUUUCAGACUUGAAACAAAUGAGAAUUUUAAAUUUAUCAGGGUGCUCCCUACUGGAGGUACGGUUUGAUGCCUUCAAUAGUCUGACUGAGUUGAAAGAGUUGGACUUGUCCCAAAAUACCCUCCAUUACCUGCCGGAGGACCUGUUUAGUGUGUUGAAUGUGCUGAAGAAGCUUUACCUGCAGUCCAACCAGUGGGUGUGUGACUGUAAAAUAAAAUACUUGAGGGACUGGCUGACAAAAGCCAGCAGCCUAGAGAAACUCAGCUGCACAUCUAGCAGCCAACAAGACUGCCAGCAGUUCCACUGUGUGGCGCCAACGUUACCCAACGUUCAAAUCUCAGAGUUGAAAGACACUGACCUGCUAGUAUGCCAACAGGCCAGCUCCUCCGCUUUACCUGCAAGCACUCAAGGCGCCAUAGUUGCUUCGUGCAUGGGUUUCGCCAUCGUCCUGCUGAUCAUCAGCAUCUACAUCUGGCGCCGGGAGAAGACGGGCCACCAGCUGAAGAAGAUGUGCACCACGUCAGAAGCAGAAAGCUCACACGUCAUAGACGAGGACUCCAAGGUCCCGCCCCUCCCCAACUGUGAUAGAAACUCUCUGACCCACUCUGACCACAACUUUGUGUUCCGCCACUACUUUGACCACCUGGUCACUGACCCUGAGGAGAUGGACACAACUGAAGACGAGGAAGUGCCGGAGGCCGAGCCACUCAAGCAGAAAGACAGCUUGUACUCAUCUCAGCCUUCCCUCUACAGUAACCAUAGCGACGCUGCCUACGGCAUGGAGUCUACAGUUUGACGGCAUUUCAUUUCAUAGCACACCUGCAAUUCCCCUGCCUUGAUGCUUUCUCCUGGCUAUUAUUAUACAUUGAUUAUUGAGAAAUUAUGCUCGAUACAUCAGCUCCUGCACAAACUUCACUCAUGUCUGUCCUAGUAUAGGGACACUUCAGCACAACUUCAUACUUACAAUGCCAAUAUAAGUCUGUUUGACUUCAGCUAACAUGAUUUUUUUUUAAAGAAAAUAUCUUAAUUAGCAUAAUCCUGCUAAAUACCUCACACGACCUGUCUACAGAAAAAACUGUCUGAACCUCUGUAUUGCCACCCCAUGUUUCUAGUUCUAGCAGACACAACCGUCUUGGGUGCCAAAGUUAUUCUGACAAGCAAUAAUGACCUUGAACUAUCCUCAAUGAUGCCAUAACUGCUGACCUUUUUUUCUCUGAUGUUUGGAGGUGGUGAUGUAAAAGCUUUAAAUUUGUCCAAUGUUUUGUUGUACAGUUGUACAUAGGUGUCAGGCAGUAGACCCACCCAGCACUAGCUGUGUGUAGGUAGUGUGUCAGUCCAUUAAGUCAUGCAAUUGUUUGUGACGGAUGUAGUGGAUGAUACUUUGAUCAGUGGCAUUCAUUAAAUACUGGAGUAGUUCAGCAAGUGUAUGUGUCUCUAGAUAAGAAGUAACUUAGUUCAUAGGAAUGGCAGUAGUUGUAAUUUACCAAAAUUUGUAUGUUGUAGUUGUAUCAAGGGUCAUGUUGUAAUUUACCAAACUUUGUGUGUUGUGAUUUGUUUGAUGGAUUUGGUAAAAAGAUUUGUUCCUACAAUUUUGGUGUUCCUGUUUGAAAGAAGUUUACACCAUGUGACCCCCUCUUUAGCCAAUGAGCACACUAUGCUCAAGCUAUGGUUGUAUUGUUUUAUACAAACAUUUCCACUUCCCACCCCCAGGACCUUGGUCGAAAUGGUUAGGGAAAAUGUGCACCCAUUUCUAGCAUCCUGUUUUGUUUUUUGUGAAAGCCAGUUCCAUUUCUGCUACAAUUAAGUUUUUUGUGUGUGGCAUUCGGGGUAUAGAAUCUCAUAAAAUCUUUUAGAGGCCAAACAUUCAGAAAGAUUUCUUCUGGUUACUAUGCCAUGCAUGGUCUUCUGGUAUUGUUUGCCCCUAGACAUUCCAGUUCAAAGCCCCUUGGCUCAUUUUAAUUAUUUUUUUUUGGCUGCUUCUUUCAUUCCCAUGCAUUGUUUUAGAGUUAUUUACCCCUACACAUUCCUAUUCUAGAAGAUUUUGUUGUGUUUUAUUUUAAUAUUAUUUUAAUGGAAUUUGAUAUCCCUGAAAUGUAUUUAAGUUUAGCUUGUUUCCACCAUACUUAAUUGAUCUGGCUACCAGUCCCUGAGAAACAUUUCUCACCAAAUUACACUUGUAGCUUUUUAAUGAAAGUACAAAAAAAUUAUCAGCCCGGGAAAUCAGUUCUUGGUUUGUAUAUGUAAUUUAAAAUAGCUUCAGCUUGGGUGAAAGUAAUUAUUUAAAAUAGGCUCAGCUUGGGUGAAAGUAAUUGUUUCGCGUAAGUUUAGUUCUUCCCUGUAGUCUCUCAGUGAAAUCUUUCAAAUUGUUUUGUAAAAUGUAGAUGCCCUUGCUUUCCUCUUUAAGAGAUAUUACAAGUUUACAGUGUUUGUACUGAUUCUUUAGCAACUAGACUUGUAGAAACACUCCCUGCCAUAUACAUUUUUUUACAUAAUUAUACAAUUUUUUUCAAGUAUUUUAAAUUGUAAGAUGGUAUGUCUCAGCUCAAUUUUGUUUCUUGCAUGCUUAUUUAUUUUAAAUUGUACCAUAAUUAUUUGGAUGUGGUUAUGUUGUGUAUGAAGAGAUUCUUCUUUAAGUGUACUUUGAUAUUGUACCAGUAACAGUGGAUGUCAACAUACACUUGUACCCCUGACUUUCUGGUCAGGUUAAUUUAUUGUACAUAGCUGUAGAACACUAGCUCAACUUUUAAAAAAAAUUCUUUACAUUCCAUGACUCAUCUUUGUAGUUCUGAAUUUAUGUUAAAAAUCAUUCCUUUGCCAUUGUUUUAUAUUUUUUAAUUUUUUUUUAUACAGAAGAGUUCUUUAUUUACUUCAGACAUGGCCAGAUUUUUUUGUUAGUGAAACCAAAUGUAAUUUCUUAUUUAUUUUUUUUAUUAAUUACAACAUGAAUUUGUUUUAGAGGUAAUACUUUACAGCUGUUUACAAGAUGAAAGAAACAUUUCUGUUGGUCUUUAAAAGAGUUGUGUACCUUGUUGGAUACAGAAAUACUUUGGUUGUUUUAUUCUGGUCCAGCUGUACUUCAGGUGGUUUUUUAUACAUAGUUUUUAUUGAUGGGCCUUAGCUAGGUUGUACUGACUGAACUGUACAUUUUAUUUAAUAUAACAUAUUUAGCAUGGUGUUUAACAUCAUGUUUAACAUAGAAUGUUUAACACAUGAUGAAUAACAGUUGGUGUACCACAUGAUGGUACUGUCUGUAAUAUGCAAUAUUUUCUCAACCCUGAUGUAACCCUGCCAUCAGGUUAUGUUACCCACUGGUCCUGUAAUGUCCUGGUCCUUCAUGGCGCCAGGUCCCCUGAUGUCCCCUAUACCCCUGUGUAGUUAGCUUAGGUCUGCCCAUGCUUACAAGUAGCUGGGGUCAGACGUUCAACUUUAGAUAGUCAGAUGCCAUUACCUAAUUCUAGGCGAUGCCCCUUCCUUAUAAGAUGCGAGACCUUAUAUGAGGCCCUUACUAUUUUUGGAUUAAGGCCCUUACUUUUUUUGGAUUAAGGCCCUUACUUUAUAAGGUGUGAGACUUUUAUCUUACAUGGCAUGGCUCCUUUGAUGUAUGUUGUGGCAUCUGUAAACAGAACAAAACUAACAAUAUGAAUCUUUACUAACCCUUAAUAAGCCAUAGAACUUUAUAUACAAAUCUGCACCAUUAGUGCUUUUUAUAAAUCUACAUCCCAGAAUGCACGUUUUUUACCAUUUUUUAAAUAACCAUCAUGUAUUUUUUAUGUAAUCAAAGAAAAGUAUAUAGAUGAGUGUCAGUCAUAUCUGUAUUUGUCAGUGAUGUCAGUCAUAUCUGUAUUUGUCAGUGAUGUCAGUCAUAUCUUGUAGUCUGUUAUCUGUCAGUGUUUGAGUGACUCAGUAACAGCUUGUACUGUUGUUUAUCUUGCACUCUAGUGCCAGAAUGAGGCCAGUGACCUACUUAUCUAGGCCAGUAAAUGAAGAUUUAUAAAUCCUAACUUUUGCCAUCACCAUUCCACUUGGUUGGUGAAUAAAUUAGCCUGCAGCCACACCACUCAACUGCUAGCCACACCACUCUACUCCAACUACAUUGUGACUGUCCACUCUACUCCACCUACAUUGUGGCAUUCCACUCUACUCCACCUACAUUGUGGCAUUCCACUCUACUCCACCUACAUUGUGGCUGUCUGCUCUACUCCACCUACAUUGUGGCUGUCCACUCUUCAUUGUGGCUGUCCACUCUACUCCACCUACAUUGUGGCUGUCCACUCUACUCCACCUACAUUGUGGCUGUCCACUCUACUCCAUCUACAUUGUGGCUGUCCACUCUACUCCACCUACAUUGUGGCUGUCCACUUUACUCCACCUACAUUGUGGCUGUCUGCUCUACUCCACCUACAUUGUGGCUGUCCACUCUUCAUUGUGGCUGUCCACUCUACUCCACCUACAUUGUGGCUGUCCACUCGACUCCAUCUACAUUGUGGCUGUCCACUCUACUCCACCUACAUUGUGGCUGUCCACUCUACUCCACCUACAUUGUGGCUGUCCACUCUACUCCACCUAUGGUGUGGCUGUCCACUCUACUCCACCUACAUUGUGGCUGUCCACUCUACUCCACCUACAUUGUGGCUGUCCACUCUACUCCACCUACAUUGUGGCUGUCCACUCUACUCCACCUAUGGUGUGACUGUCCAUACCACUAGUUAACACACUGCUAGACCAUGUUUGUUUGUUUUUUAUAUUUGUGUAUGUUUUAAUUUCAGAACAAAUUGAUCUAUUUACAGGUGUAUAUAGAAUAUAACUGCUGGUAUGUAAUUGUUAUCGUUAGUUCAGUGUCAUGUUAGUGGAUGCUAGUUAUCUGUUAUCAUAGUUCUAUGUGUGUAGUUAGAAAUGUAUGUCAGCUGUAUGUUAUUGUUAUGUACUAUAUGAUUGAUGGGAAAAAGCUAGGAUUAAAUUAAUCUAUACAU